AUGCGGCCCGCGCUCCUACUCCUGGUCGUCGCAGCCGCCACCGCCGCCACCAUCCAGAAGCGCGGCGUGCUGGUGGGCGCGCCCGCGCAGGUGGUGCCGGUGGCUGGGUACGUGCUGAAGCAGCGCUCGAGCGAGCGCGAGCAGCAGCAGGACUUCAGCAAGAUCCCCGGCGUGCCCGGCGUCGACUACCCCAUCUACCACUCGGUGCCACCCACCAGCUUCCACUGCGGCAACGUGCCCUUCGCGCCGGGCAUGUACGCCAACGUCGAGACCGGCUGCCAGGCGUACCACGUGUGCCACGACGGACGUGAAGGGGAGCAGGGGGCGGCGUUCCUCUGUACCAACGGCACGCUCUUCAACCAGAAGGAGUUCGCCUGUGACUGGUGGUACAACGUCGACUGCGCCUCCGCUCCUUCCUUCUACAGCCUGAACCUGGAUCCGCUGAAGAACCCAUACGUUCCAAAGCCUAAGGUGGAAGAAGUUCCAAUUGUUGCAGCCGCACCAGCACCACAUUUCAAGAUAGUGGUGCGCAAGUAGAAGAGUCACCAUGGACAUCAUACUUCUCUCACAACCAUUUCAUUAUUAGUUUCACAUACAUAUUUCAUUCAGUAUUACUUUGAUAAACGUACACUGCAAACGGAUGAAAGUUUGACCAAAUGUAAUUAAAAUGGAACUAGCGGUCUACAGAACUUCAUCUGAAUCCUUUCCAUAGUUUGAGCAGUGUCAUCCAUGAGAAACUUAAUUUAUGAAGAAUACUGUUAAACACAUGUAACUGUAUUAGUAUUAAUAGGACAAUACAUCCACUUUUUAACACCAAAAUAUGUAAACAUUUCCUAGCUAGCAUUUAGUGUUGACAAUAAUAACUGUUAAAACUGUUAUACACUUCAUGUAAAAAGCUAAUUUGAUGUAGCUUGUAAAGUGUGCAAGAGUUUCCAUAAUAUUAUGAUAUAUGAAGAAAGUUACUGAAUUAACUUAAACAGCAGAGCAUAUUCAGAUACUUACACAUUAAUGUCUCCUGCAAAGCAUCAUGCAAUUUUUCCAAAUUCUGUUCUUCUAAAGUGUCUGCAAAUUCUUUCGUUUCAGUGCUUGUUGUACAUGCAGCUGUCGGGUUGUGCAAUAUUAGGUUAUAGGAAAAAAAUCUGAAAAUAGGAUAAAUGACAUUAAGCACUUAGUCAAUGUAAAACAGCCUCGAAGAAUUAUUACAUACUUGUACAUAUAUCUUCUUUCAAGUAAUUUAUUAACUAGUUUGAGGAGAAACUGAAACAUUUAAUAAUAUUAUCCGUUGUCCAGUAGCUGUCUCAUGAAAGUAGGGAUAUUGAAUGAGAAUAAUUACUGACUUGAAGAACUAACAAUCAUACUAAUGCAAGUACUUCCUUGCUCAGAAGUCAUCAUCCUGUAAUUUUAGAUGUGUUACUUGCAGUUUAGUAAACAUGUAUGCUUAUAAUAUGUACUUAAAGCUACUAUAAUGUGUGCUUUCUCCUCCUCAGAUUAGCUUCACUCUGUAAAUAACAUUCAUUUCAUUUAAUAACUAUCAAAUACACAAGAACAGAAGUUCAUGUGAUACAAGGAGUAUAAGAGUUACUGGAUGACAUAUUGGAUUUUCUACAAACUACAGAUUUUAAUUUGUGCUCACAUACAAUUAUUAACUAAUUGAUGGCUAUUUUGAAAAUAUUUCUGUCUUUGUUAUUUAGUUACUAAAAAUACUAACAAUCCCAUAGAGUCAGGAUUUAUACGAAUGUUACACUAUUUCACUUUACUUUACAGGUAAAUAUAUCUCCAUGUCUACAUACUCACAAAAACAAUAGUUGUUAUUUAUUGAUUUGUACUAGAGACAAGAGUAAAGCUCAGUAGCUAAUCCACGAGUGUCAAAGAAUAGUAAUAUCAGUUCCAUUGUUUCCUUUCUGUAAUUAUACAGAGUAAUGAUGUACCAUAAUGAAUUUGUAUAUAUACCAUUUUUAUCCUAUGAAAUAACAAUAAUUGAAUACUAAGUACCUAGUGCUAUUAAUUGCAUAUAAUCCUCUACAUUAACAUGAGUGCUUUUUGCUUCAGUCACAUUGCUGCAACUGAUACUAAAUCAUUUUGCCUGUAUUAUGAAAGUAUGAAAAACAUGCACAAAUACUGUUAAAACAAUGGACUCAUUUGUUUUGAGUGUAAAUUUUUUGUACUGCAUGCUCUAACAUUUAAUUUUCUAAUUUGAUACAACAUAGAAAUAUUUUUUCAUGAUUAUAUAACUAUUUAGAUUGUGAUUUCUACUUACACUUAUAAACUACAAUGAUGUCAUUCAGACAGUGGCACACAUAAGGCAAACUAGUGGUGAAACUGUGACUACUUGAGCAGUUUUCAGUAUUAAUAUAUAUAUAUAUAUAUAUAAGUUUCUUCAUUUUGAAAUUGAAUAGCUAUAAUUACUGACAACUGAUAUGACUUUAAUGGAAAAUUUUAACAAACAUUUUAUAUGAAUGAAACGAAUUUACAUGUAUUGUACAAAAACUUAUUAAUUUGUUUUUAGUGAUAUUUUCUCUGCUGACUUAUGUCUCAAAUAAGCAUCAUUACAGUAACAAACAGAUUUAGUUCAUGUUUUUUUAAUAUUAAAACUGUGACUUCAUUGUUAUAAUAUACUAGUGCAUAUAAAAUUUAGUUUUUAUAUGGUUUCUAGUGAAUGCAUUGCACUUUAGUUUGUAACCGAAUUUUAAUGAUUUUUUGAAUUAUUUAUGCUCAUUGCUGCAUCACUAUACACAUCAUUUUUGAUAAAUCUCAUCUAUUUCUUACAAAAUAUUCUUUAUCUACUUUUUAAAUUCUUAUUAUAAACACUCUACUUCUGAAUCUGUAUAGCUGCUGCUUUUUGUUUCUGAAAUGUUCUCUUUAAAUAUAAGGCAUUCUAGAUUAGAGCAUGUGUUGAACAGUAUUCUGUCUCAGAAACACUUCACAGUGUAGAAGCUGUAUGUCACCUACAAAAGUAAUGUACAGAAUUAUUGUAUGUGAAUAAAUCAUUCGUCAUGGAACCCUA